AUGAUUCAUGGACGUCCAUUGGUUGGGACAAGACAGGUACAUAAUAUAGUUACCAUAUCGAAGUAAAAAUUAAAAUUAAAAAUUAUACAUUGUCCCCGCUUGGAUUUUUAAAGAUGGACGGUCUUGUGUUUCAUCAUUGCAGUAUGAACAAUUAUUUCGUAUUAUUAUUUUGAAAUGUUAACCAAUGUUAAAUCAAUAUUCUAAAUUAAUUGUCCCAAAAUGAUCAUUACCGUAUUAAAAAACACCAAACUAACAUUUAAGUGGUCGGCUCAGGUACAUCUAACCUAUGUGUAGGUACCUAUUUUUUAGGAAAUUUGAAAAAUAUUGUGUCAAUAUUAUGUUGCUUAUUAUUAUUUUAAUAUGUGCUUAUAUUUGUAUUGUGUGUGAACAAUUUCUAAAACUAGAAUUCUUGCUCCAAUAAAAAAACGACAGAAGACCUUUUUUUGGUGUGGAUUGCACACAAAAAAAUGUAAGGAAAACUGAGAAGUUUACAGCAUUAAUGGUUUCAUUAUUUUCUAUUUUGGUUUUUUGUUGUUAUUUAUUUCAAAAUAAUCGUAGAGACCUGAAAUACUUACAGUAGCCUCUUCUAGAUGUGGUAAAAUUAUCAGAAAUGCUGUCGAAUUUUUAUCUAUUUUAGCAUUUAAUAUUUUCUAAUUUGUUUAGUUUAUUAUCUGGUUUCCUGUGGAUAAAAUAGUUUUAGCAGAAAAGAAAUGCUUUAAAAUUUAACACAAGGUUCAUCGAACACUUAGCUGUACUUAGUUGUCAAAAACAAAAGUUGGGCGUAAUGUAGUAGUUUUUUUAUAAACAUUUAAAAUCAAAUUAUAACGAAAAUUGUAAAAAUUACGGUAUUUCGAAACAUAUAUAACCGAACUUCACUUAGAAUCGUGUUUUAUUAGCAAUGAUUUAUCUUUGCAUACAGAAAUACAACAAAUAAUUCUAUAUAUUACGUAUCCUACAUUCUCAACUUCACACCUAAAACAGUAGCACACCCAUCAGCAGUCUCGGCUCUGUUUUUUUAAUAAAUACUAAUUCAUAUUAUACACAACUUUUGAUUAAUAAUGAAAAAUGUUUACAAUGAAACUUUAAAUUUAAACAAUUUAUACCGUCAUCACUGUAGUUAAAAUAUUUAAUAUUUUUUUUCAACUACGUAACCCGAAAUAUCUUAAAGAUAAUCGGUAAUACAUGGUUAAAUAAAUUGUAAAAAAUAUGUAAUUUAUACCUAUUAUUCGUUUGCGCAACUGGUAAAAAGUGCAAUGUUUGUGUACCUAAGUCUCCUUACUUAAGCAGUUGAUUCUCAAGUUGUUUAUACAAAUGUGCAUUGUAAAUUUUAUAUUAAAAAAAAGAGAGAGAGCUGAUAAUAACUUUGCCACUGUUGUAGGUGGGAAGUUAGGAAGAUAGAAUACAUAUAAAGUUAUUUAAUUUAUAACUAAAAGCAACAAUAAACCAUUGGGAACGAAAAAUGAUUCUGAACGAAGUUCAGUUAUUAUAUGUUUUGAAAUGCCAUAAUUUUUACAAUUUUUGUAAAAAAUUGAAAAUUUUUUUUUUCCCACUAAGUACAACAUAUAAUCAAUUUACGUUUUUAACUUUCAAACAUUUGUGUUAGGUUAAAAACCAUUUUAUCUAUAUAAAUAUAUAAUACCUACCAAGAAAUAACAAAAAAAAAAAAUAAAAGUAAAUAUCCAAUUCUCAUAUAUAGCUCAAUCAAAUAACUUAAAAAGAUUAAAACAUUUAAAACCCUUUCACUGCCGUUGGCACAUAUAUGCAUCAGUGACAAGCUACAUUGACAGAACAUUAGCGCAUAUGUACGUUCACUUGUUUAUAUUAAAAUGUCAUUAUCUGAAGGAUGAAAUUUUAACAGCUAAUUUAUAGUAUUUUUAAAGACGUAUCAAACUAAUCUAAAUGUAUCUGACUAAUUCAUUCUUUUUUUUUUUAUGAUAAUUAUAAGUACAGAAAAUUCAUUGAGUAGGUUGAAAAAUAUCAAAAUUUCAACAAAAAAAUAUAGUGCGGCUUGAGAGUGUAAAUAAAUUGUAUGGCAGUGAAGUCAAAAUUUUUUAAACAUUUUACCACGUCUAGAAAAAUUCAAUAUAAGUAUUCUAUGCAAUUUCAAAUUCCUACAAAUACUCAUAUUUACUCCGAAUUACAGUGAAAAAAAAAUUUCCCAGUUUUACAUAACUAUUAAGAAAACUACACAAAAAAUUUAAAAAAACAACUUUCAUAUUCACCAACUAGAUCCAAAAUGCAAUUUAGAAAACAUGUUAUACUUGAUAUUUCUAGUAAAAAGACUAAAAAAAAAUCUAUAUAACACUUUGCUAAAAUAACUAACAUCAUUAUUGAGACUUUAAUUAAAUGUAUUCUGUUAAACAAAGCAAAAUAUAAAGAUUUAUAAAAAAAAAAAAAAAUAGAAUUUUAAGUUGGUUUCUUAUCUAUGAUAUCCAAGCGAACAUAAGUUAUAUUAUUAUAUGGAAUGUUUUUCAAUUUGUUUCCCAUUGAGAUCCAGAUCAAUAAUCGAAUUUUAAUUCCGGAUAACAAUAAUAAAUAAUUGUGCUGUACAAAAUUUAAAGAUAUAUCAUUCUAACGGAAAUGUUCCUAACGUUGUUAGAUUAACUAUAUAAAGUGGUACGCUAAAAUCUAUGACAAAAUGAAAAAGGAGAAGGACUAUACGUCUAUCCACAGCCUCCCCUCCACCUCCUCCAUUCGAGCACUGAGUAUUAUCCAGAAAAAUCAACGAGAAAACGCAAAUUUUAAGAUAAUGACAAACUAAUAACAAUAACAAGGCCACAUUACCAAUGUAGUAAAAUUUGAAAUAUUUCCAGGCGCUUUUUACCGAGGAUAUAGAGUUUUUGAACAAAUAUUAUAUUAGUUAUAGGUACCGUCUCUUUGUUGUUCGAUCUCGUCUUCUAUAUUAAUUCUAUCCGUCUUUUCUUCCACACCUCUCUACAUUUUCAAACAUUCCAGUGCACGGAAUUAAUUCCGUCCAAAUAAUAGCCAACGAUAUAACUCCUCGGGCACAACUCAUUGUGCGUCGCGUUGUUACGAUCGUGAUGCAAACAAUAACCGAGCGCGCACCGUCGACCAACAAUGCGGUUGCCAACGUACUUUUUAUGACAAGUUUUCAAACCUCUAUGCGCCACGUGGUUUUUUUUUUCAAAAUAAUAAUAAGAACCCCCGAGAUGUGACCGAGACACACAUAAUAUACCUACGUAGAUAUAGGUAUCACAUACUUAUAUUGUAAACACAUUUAAUGUUAUUAUUUCUUUGGCUGUACAAGGUCAUCGCGUAUUCACACAGAUAAGUUGUGUUAUAAAGAUUACGUUAUAAAAGGUAUACUAGCGAACUUUCUGAAAUUAUCAAUUCAAGUAUAAAUUUGUAUUUAUCACCCAAAGGCGUGUACGAUAAUAUUUUAUUAUUAUGAUUAAAUUUAAUGACGAAAUAUUAAUACAAUAAUAACUGGUGCCUGUAUCUAAUUUCAAUACAGUAUCCGGCAACGUUCUCUUUCUAAAGCCCCAAAGGUAGUAACUUGACAUCGGAAUCAUUUUGAGAAUAUUGUAUACAAGCGCCUUUCGAAAUAUUUUUAGCUACGUUGUGAAUUAACGCGUUAAAAUUGGAAAUAAAAUUUAAAAGUUCAGUUAAUCAACGAGUUAUUAUUUUUAAGAAUUCAUUUUAAACUUUAUAAGUUACUUUUUUGCGUACUGAACGUGUUAAUUUCAUAUUAAUCUCGUGUAUUUUAAGUUAGGUUAGGUAAAUUUUUGUUGAAAGCAAAUUUUCUUAAUUCUAUAGUUUAUUUACUAAAAUUGUCGGAGUGAUUUUUUUACAUUAAAAUGGUCAAAACCAAUUUGUUGGACCAUUUUUAAAAGUUGUUGGAACAUAAAAGUGUAUUUUUACCGCAAUAACGUUUUAUUUUGAUUAAAUGUGGUGUCAAUUUCCUAGCACUACAUUUUCCUUUGUUUAUAGAGCUUUUCAUAUUAUUCAACAUUUUCUAACAAACAUUCGACAAUAUCCAACAAACCCAUAUGAACAAUGUUGAAUUAGUUUUUUAAAUUUUAAAGUUAAGUGUGGUGCUGGUCAUGUACUAAACGCUAAAAUUUUAAAAGUUGAAUAACUUUUUAAAUUUUUUCCCAGAAGUCAGAUUUGAGAUUAUUGAAAAGUUUUUUUAAAGUUUUUAUGAACUUUGUGGUGUUAGCUUCACGUACCUUACGACUAUAGUAUUUAAUUACGAGAACCACGAGAGACCCACAAUUGAACACGGUUGGAAGAAUGUUAAAAAAAAUUAGAAAUACAACAAAAUACCGGAGGAAAACGAAAAAACAAAUCCAAAAUAUCGAUAGUAAUAAUAAUCACGACGGAAAAAGUCCACGAAAAUAAAAAAUGAAAUAAUUGUUACGCCUUCCGAAAAUGUCAAAAAUAAAACGACUAGAAUCUUUAAAGACUUAAAUCAAUUGAACGUUCAAACCAAGCGUAGGUUAAUAUUUACUCGCACAAAUUAAAAUGCGUAAAAAAAAAUAUGUAACUAAAAUACUCUAUAUUAUCUGUUAUGUUAAUGAUUUUUUUUUUUCAAACUUAGUUUACAUCUUAUAAUGUGUGACGAAAUCAGAGAAAUAUUGACCAACGAAUAUCUGCAAUGGUUGUCGAACUACUCAGUUAUGAAUCGAAUCGCCGUCAAAACGAAUUUUCACUCAACGUAAUUGAACUUGUUGAAUGGUUUAAAUAGCAUACCCCUCGACAUAUUGAUACUGUCGAAAACCCUAAACAAAUAUAUUAGAGUGAGUAUAAAGGAUAAUAUUAUAUUAUAUAUAUCAGGUACAAUAUAAUACCUAACGAAAGAUAAAAAUCGGUUAAUUUAAACGAUAAUAUCCUUGAUGUUAUCAUCUUGUCUGCAGGUUUUAUACAAACGAGACAAAGGAGUCGUCCCUUGUGUGAAUGAGCUUUUAAGAACAAUUUUAAGGAAUUCAGGUCAUUGGUUCGGCAAGAUUACGAUGAUCAAAGACCGGGCUGCCAUUUCAAAUCGAGGAAUUAUUCAAAAUGUUAAACGCAAAACUCGAGGUGAGAUUUUUGCUUUAAACUAUUUGAAAACCGUGUCAAUCUUGUGA